UGUUUCUGUCACACUUGACACAUGAAUUGAGAGUGAGCAGGAACAGGCUAUAGUUCCGCUUUGGGACCGUAUUUGCACUCAUCAUCUCAUUCUUCCUUGAUGUCGCUCACGUCGUGCCUUGUAUAGGCGAUCAACCUAGCUCUCCAUACUCCACUCAUCACCUUACAAUGACCUUCUUCCCAUCAGAAGACUUCUCCCUCGACCCCCGCUUCAUCGAACUGCAGGAAGAGCUCCGCACAGUCCUCUUCGCGGGUCUGUCUGGCCUAUCACCCAGCGCAUCAGUCACACCCGAAGCAGACUCAUCAUCACCACCAACAUCAUCCCUCAACCUCUCCAGCGUAACAGUCAAUGUUCCCAAUGAUAGAUUAAUAUGCUAUCUUCAGAACUGGGUUACAGAAUGUGCGCCGUACCUGGACAAGUUUGAUGAGGAUAAGCAUUUCCAGAUUCACGUUCCGCUUAUGGCGCAGAAGAGCCCGGCACUGUUAUAUGCCAUGCUUGCGUUUUCAUCACGGCAGAUGGAACGGAGAGGAUUAACGCAGGAAGGUGGUUGUGAUAGUCUCGAGCUGUAUCAGGAGAGUAUCAGAUUGUUGAGCCCUGGAUUACAAGCCAAGGACCCUAAUAUGCUUGUUACGGCUUGUAUUCUUGCUGUUUUUGAACUCAUGUCUGGCGGUUCUAAGAACUGGAAGCGUCAUGUCGAGGGCUGCGCGUCGCUAUUUGAGUUCUUUGGAGUUGAUGGUUUCUCCGGUGGCCUACCGCAGGCUGUCUUCUGGUGCUAUGCCAGGAUGGAGUUGUGCGGAGCGAUCAUAUCAGAUGGGACAGAAACAGCUGUUCUUCCUCUGUCAAAAUGGGCUCCAUCACCACCUGAGUCGCUGAUAUCCUCUGAACAGGUUGAGCGUUAUGUACGAGACAUGUUUCAUCGAAGGAGCCGAGACUGUCCUGACAUGCAGGCUAACUGGGCUAUUUAUCUCUGCACAAAAGUCUGCGAUCUAAAAUUUCGAAGAACACAGAGUCUAGAACUUGGGAGAGCAGAUGUUCAAGAUGACAGACCGUUUCAAGAACAAUGGCAACAGCUCUGGAACGAGCUCCAAUACUGGCUUGACGAGCGCCCAGCAACAAUGAAGCAAAUCAGUAUGGUCGAAGCAGGCGACAAACAGAUCUUUCCAGCCAUGCUUUUCCCCCACUGGGCAGCUAUCUCGAGUAAUCAGAUCUAUCACACUGCAUGUAUCCUCAUGCUGGAAAUGCGUCAUGACUUAGACUCUCAGUGCUUGGCGCUGUGGCAUGCACGACAAGUCUGUGGAAUAUCCUGCGCAAACCUUCAUCCCGGAAGUCUUGUAAACUCUAUACAGCCACUCUAUAUAGCUGGAAAGCUCUUCUCACAUGUCAACGAGAGGAAACAGAUUGCUAGGCUGUUGAAGAGCAUUGAUAGGACGACGGGAUGGGGAGCUUUGUGGAGGUUGACGGAUCUUGAGGCUGAAUGGGGCUACGAUGUUGGCGCCCUGCUAAAGACGUUGUAAGGACUUGCGACAGGGAUUUUAGCGAAGAGGAGACCCAGAGAACUGGUAACAUAUCAUAAUAAUAAGCAUGAUUCCACUAGACCCCAUUCACAUGCUUCUUGGUCGACUAUCCGCCAUCGCAUAACACACCCAUUUUCAGGAUAGCGUGCCCAGAACGAGUGGAGUCCAUC